UUUUUACUUUUCUUUUCUGGCUCACUCUUAUUUUUCUUUCCUUCUCUUCCUUAUUAAACACGUAUACACACACUUUCUCUUUCUCUUUUCAUUCUGAUCAUGUCCCAAAAAGUUAAUCCUUUGGAAUUAUACACCAUUCGUGAAGCCACGGAAGCCGAUCUACCUCAAAUACUAGACAUUUACAAUGAAAGAGUCCUCAAUUCAACUUCUUUAUUCGUAUACGAUCCUGUCACUCUCGAAAACCGUCAAACUUGGCUCAAGGAUUGUCAAGCCAAAGGAUACCCUGUGAUUGUGGCUGUAGAAAAGGAAACCAAUACUGUGAUUGCUUAUUCUUCCUUGGGACAAUAUCGACCUCACCCUGCUUAUGUAUUGACAGCAGAAAUCUCCAUCUAUAUUAAUAUAAAUCAUCAUCGCCGUGGACUCGGUCGUAUCCUUUUAGAAGAAAUGAUUGCUAUCGCCGAAAAAAUGAAAUUACGCAGUUUGAUUGCUAGUAUCACAUCCGAAAAUUCACCUUCUAUUCAACUCUUUGGACGUUAUCAAUUCAAACAAGCAGGUCAGUUCCAUGAUGUUGGUUACAAAUUUGGUCGAUUCUUAGAUGUCACCUUCCUUGAACGUAUUUUGGAAUCAACAGUGGUGGAAUUCACUGGUGCUGCUUCCUUUACUCAUUUCCCUUGGGGUCAAUAUCGUUAUGGAUUAGAAUAGAUUUCCUCUCUUUCUCCUAUCUAUAUAGCAUGUACUUUAUAUAUAUAUUUAAUAAAUCCAUCACCUUUUUUUUUUUUU